AUGAGACAUAGAUGUACUAUAUUUGUUAAUGGUAGAUUCGUUGGUGGUCAUACAACUUAUUCAAGACAACUUUUCUUUCCUGGAUCAAAGUUUGGUCCUGAAUUAUUUAAAUAUUUAGGAGGUGAAAAAUACGAUAUAACUCAAUUUCUUCAUCCAAAUGGUGAUGAAGAAAAAAAUUCGUUAGUAAUUUUAGUAGAAAAUUGGGGAAUAAGUCGACAAUCUGUAAUAUUUAACGAUGUAAGAAAUCCUAGAGGAAUAAUUUCUGCAAAUAUUGAUGGAUUAAUUAAAGAAACUAAAUUAAAUUGGAGUAUUUGUGGGGUUGAUUUACGUAAAUUAGAUAAUCCUUUUAAUACUAGUGGAAUACCUGAUGAACAUAAAAAUUUUGAUUGGAAAGAAAAUGAAAAAGGAAUUAUUGGUUAUGGUGUUAUACCUAACGAUGGAAUAAAAUGGUGGAGUUUUAGAUUUUCUCAUCCUAUGGAAAGUAAAUUUAAAGAUAUAUUAAAUGCUCCUUUAAGAUUAGUACUUUAUGGUUCGUUUACUUCUUAUAUAUUUUUAAAUGGUACAUUAAUUGGAAGGUAUUACGGGAAUGGUGAUUGUGCUCAACAUGAUUAUUAUUUAAUGGAUGGAUUAUUAAAAUUCGGAGAUGAAGAAAAUCAAAUUACUAUGAUGGUAUAUUCAUGGGAAACUGUUAAUCCCGAAGAAAUUAUUGUUGAAGUUAGAGGAUGGGAAAUUGAUGAUGUUAAAAAAACUGGAAAUAUAAUUAAACCUAAAAAAGGCGUAGACGAAGAUAUUGACGAAGUUAAACCUUGGAUUGUUAGAAAAGAACAUAUUCCUUUAACAUGA